GCAAACUUCAAAUUUUGAUCUGACCACUAACAUUCUAAAAUCAUCGAUAAAGGUUCAACAUGACGACUAUUGAGAUGAGAGUUCACAUGGAUUGUGUGGGAUGCGAGAGCAGAGUUAAAACUGCCCUUCAAAAGAUGAGAGGAGUGGAUGAGGUAGAAAUCGACAUGUUGCAGCAGAAAGUGACGGUGACUGGCUACGCCGACCAGAAGAAGGUUCUGAAGAAAGUUAGAAAAACCGGUCGGCGAGCUGAGCUAUGGCAGCUUCCUUUCAACCCUGACCACAACUCUCUCCUCGGCGGUGGAAGCAGCUACAACCCUCACGACUGCAACGGCCCAAUCAACCACCACGCUCCGGUCCCAACUUCUUCAUACAAUUAUUACAAGCAUGGUUACGAUAACAACGACUAUUCGUCUUACCAGCACCAUCCUGUUCAUGCCUCUAUCUUCAGCCACCAAACUGGUUCUAAGUUUAGCGAUGAGAAUCCUAAUGCUUGUUCUAUUAUGUGAUGAGUUUUUUUAAAAAAAAUUAUAUUUUUGCUUACUAUUUAUGACUUUAUGUAGCUUAAGUAUGCAACUUCCAUAACCCCAACAAACUAUGUUUUCCUUCCCUUUUUUGGGCUUAUGCAAUGCAGUUUAAGCUCAAAUGGUUUAAUUAAUUCUGCUUUAAGGUUCAGUUGAUUUAAUCAUCCGUUUCAAUUUGCAUUAGGGUAAUUGAACGAGCCGAAUAGAGUAAUUACUGCAAGCAACACACAAUUUCCAAUUUUUAAUUGUUUUUACCACCUAAUAUAAGAAACGUAAUUAAUCGAUCUCUCACAGACAAAUAAAGCAAUGAAUGAGCACUAGAUUCUU